CUCCGUCUUUCGACUUCCAUCCCUUCCGUCCCCAAUUCGUCCACACAACACAUUCUACGCAAUACAGCUCACCUAUCACUUCCUCUAUCGCUCUUAUCCACCACCCAUACGGCUACUCACGAUUGCGCCCAAUGACUUCACUCUCUGCUAAACGCAAGUCUCCCGAAGACGCGUCCCACAAUGACGAAGCAAGGACACCUACGAACAGCCCUCCUCGGAAGAAGCUUCGUAUUACCCGCAGACAAAAGCAAGCCCUGAUUGACAACCUGCAGCUCGAACUUACCGAGCGCGCCCGCAAACUUCGCGCACAGUAUGCCCUCCAGGCGAACGAUCUUCGGGCACGGAUUGAAAGACGUGUCAAUCGGAUUCCUGUUGCCCUUCGCAAGGCGACAAUGGGCGAGCUGUUGGAGAAACACAUGGCCUCUCUUCGGGCCCAACAGGCGAAUCCCUCUCCACGGAAACUUCUCAGCCCGGCCAAAGCGUCAAGGAGUUUCAGAACCGUUUCUGUGAGCCCCAAUGUGCGCAAGGCCUCUGCUGCGAGCCCUAGCGCCCGCAGAGUCAAGAAGCAAAGCCACGGAGAAAUCUAUUCCGACAAGGAAAACGCCCCUGCAGCUGGCGAACAGCUCGAUGUCCUCAAGAACCCAAAGAGACGUGGACCUGGUGCCGCUGCUGGUACUUCGCGUGUUGUGUCCCAAGAGAUGAGGGGUGCAGACUACAGAAUCCUAUCUCCCAAGACGUCCAAUUCCAGAACAUAUCCGCACUCGCCGUUACGCGCCUCACCCGAGAAGCCAACGAACUCUUCCUACCUUGCAAGACCCAUGUCGCCUCUGAAACCCACCAGCCCACUCAAAUCCACAUCAGCUAGCAUUCCUGCACUGGCAGACAACGCUCGCAUUAGGCCAGUCAAAAAUACUUCCACCUCGAUUAAGGACAACCGCCCCCCAUCACAGGCUAAGAGACCCGCCAGCCGAGCCGCCACAGCCACUAGCAAGACUACGCGCUCACCACUUCCAAGGCCCGCGACUCGCCAGCUCGAACGCAGAGGCAGUGUGUCAUCGUCCGCAUCCUCCGGAACAACCGUUGCCAAGCCAACAAGGACAGGUGCCGGUGCCCGGAAGGCAACGACAGCAUCGACUUCAAGCGCGACCGCGAAGAAGACAACAGUCGCCCGGAGCCAAGCAACUUCGGCCACCGCGAAGAGAAACACAACUUCGGCCACCAGCAAGAGGGCUCCCACUCCUGCCGGUGGUGAAGCUCCAACUGCGGCUCGUAGAGUCCUUCGGAAACGCGCAUAAGCGCUGUACUCUCAACUCAAAUUAACCCUUUUGAAUUAGCAUGUUUCGUUUCAAUCAUUGGCUUAUCUGCAGGGAUAUGGAGUAAAAAGGGGUGUAUUAUCUCUGGGCGGGAUUAUAAUAUGGAAGGAUAACCGGUGUACAAAU